AUGCUAUUUUCAGUUGACCUAGACUCUUUCUCUAUAAUUUCAUAUGAAUUUAACUUAGUCAGAAAGAUUCUAAUAAAUACAGAAAGAUUGUAUAUAAUUGAAUGUAAAAUGGGAUUUAUUUAUGAAAGCGAGGCAGAAGAUGCAUAUGAUUGGAAAAAAAUAGCAAAAUCAGGAUUACACAAUAAUCCUCUUCAAGUUUCAUGCACAUAUAAAGGAGGAAUUUGCAUAGGGUGCGUUCAAGAUCAUAGAUACAAUUACUGAAAGUUUAGCUUGGAUAUAAAAAAAGUAGUUGAACUAUUAUAG